CUGCUAUUAACGGUGGUGGCGAGCUCAACACGGUCACGGGGUGCAGAGGCUAUAACGAACUUCGGUGACGACCUCAACCUCUCCAAAUCCUUCUUCUCACCUCCCUCUCUUUUCUUUUUUCUUCCCUUCUCUUCUUUACUCUUCUUCUCUCUCUGAUUUUUUUUUUCUUUUGAUUGCAGGUGACAUAGUGGAGAAGGUGGGUUUAAUAGAUGUGUUAAUGGGUGGAGUCUGUGGAGUGGAGAAGUUAGGUCCUGACAGAACCAUUAUUGGGUCUAACUUUGAUUUUAAUGAAAGAAGAAGAUAAAAACUCAUCUUCGUAGUUAUUUUUCUUUUCCUAAUUAAAGCUUCGCCGACCGAACCAAGAAAUUAUAAUUUUUCCUUUUUUUUUCUGAUUAAUUUCCUUUUAAACACGAAUUGACGGUUUAGACUUUUUUUUUUUUUUUUUUUUUUUUCACAAACCCAUAUAAAUAGGAGAUCGCGUCUCAAUGAAAUCGAGUUAGUUUUGUCGACGGAGAAGAAACGAAGAACAGAGGUAACACGAUCAUCGAGGUUUUCGUACCAAUUUCUCUUGUUUCGGUUAAUUUGGUUAUUGAGGUUUUUGUGUUUAAUUCAGUGAUGGCGAACUUGGGUGGUGGUGGCGCGGAAGAAGAGGCUAGGUUGAAGCAGUCCAAUUCGAAUCUGGUGCUCAACACCAACGAGCUUCGUCGUGAUACGCGUGAACCUACGGGAGAGCCGGAGACUCUCAGGGGAAAGAUUGAUCCUAAGUCCUUUGGAGAUCUCGCUGUUAAGGAGAGGCUGAACCAUUCGAAUAAGAAGAAGAAGGAGCGGGAGGGUGGAGAUGACACGGUCUUUGAUAGAGGUAGCAAACGACGUCGUUUUAGGGAGGAGAGUGUGCUUACUGAUACGGAUGAAGGUGUUUAUCAGCCCAAGACCAAGGAGACGAGAGCUGCUUAUGAGGCCAUGCUUAGUCUUAUUCAGCAUCGAUUGGGUGGGCAACCUCUGAGUGUUGCUUGCGGUGCGGCUGAUGAGGUUUUGGCUGUUCUCAAGAACGAAGCCUUGAAUAACCCUGAGAAGAAGGUGCGUAUCGAGAAUGUGUUCUACUUUAUUCCCGAUCAUAUUUUCGAUCAGCUGGUUUCGUUUGGUAAGUUGAUCACAGACUACCAAGAGGGCGGUGAUUCUGUAAGUGGUAAAGCUAUUGAGGAUGAAGGACUUGAUUAUGAUGUGGAUGUGGCUAUUGAAUGUGAGGAGCAUGAAGAGGAGAGUGGCAUUGAUAUGGUUCAGGAGGAAAUAGAUGAAGAGGAUGAAGAAGCUGCUCAAGUUAACAAAACUAUAGGCGUGAAGGUGAGUGUGGCAAUUAAUGGUAACGAUGCAGGACAUGCAGGCUCGAGUCUUAAUGUUCAGAAGAUUGAUGCCUAUUGGCUCCAGAGAAAGAUAUUCAAAGGAUAUGAACAGAAAAUUGAUCCACAUGACUGCCAAGUACUUACAGAAGAGGUUCUUAAGAUACUUGCUGAGGGGAGUGAUAGGGAUGUUGAGAACAAGCUGCUUAUGCACCUUCAGUUUGAAAAGUUCAGCCUUGUUAAAUUUCUGCUGCAGAACCGUCACAAAGUUGUGUGGUGCACCCGUUUGGCUAGGGCAAGAGACCAGGACGAGAGGAAUCAAAUUGAGGAGGAGAUGAUGAGGUUUGGCCCAGAGUUCGCAUCAAUUGUGGAGGAGUUGCAUGCAAAACGAGCAACAGCCAAAGAAAGGGAGGAGAACAAGGAAAAGAAAAUCAAAGAAGAAGCUCGGUGGCUUAAGGAAUAUUCAUGUGCAGAUGGAGACAAAUGCAGUAGAGACGCUGAUGAUGGAGAUUUAGAUAAUGAUUGGUUGAAGGGUCAACGUGAGAUGCUCGACCUAGAGAGUCUGGCUUUUGACCAAGAUGUUUUGCUGAGGGAGAAUAAGAAGUGUGAGCUUCCCUCUGAUUCUUACAGAAUUCGUGGCAAGGAAUUUGAUGAGAUUCAUGUGCCAUGUGUUUCUAAAAAAAUUGAUAGCAGUGAAAAACUUGUGAAAAUCACUGAAAUGCCAGAUUGGGCUCAACCGGCUUUUGAGGGAAUGCAGCAGCUGAACAGGGUUCAGAGCAAAGUAUAUGACACUGCUCUUUUCAAGGCAGAUAACAUUCUUCUUUGUGCUCCAACGGGUGCGGGGAAGACCAAUGUUGCCGUUCUCUCUAUACUGCGGCAACUUGAAUUACAGAGGAAUUCAGAUGGAACUUAUAGUCAUGGGAACUACAAAAUUGUGUAUGUUGCACCCAUGAAAGCCCUUGUGGUUGAGGUGGUGGAUACUCUAUCUAAACGCUUGAAGGAUUAUGGAGUUACUGUGAAAGAACUCAGUGGGGAUCAGUCCCUUACUCAGAAAGAAAUCGAAGAGACUCAGGUAAUUGUUACAACGCCAGAGAAAUGGGACAUCAUCACUAGGAAAUCUGGAGAUCGCAUUUACACUCAGCUUGUGAGGCUUCUUAUAAUUGACGAAAUUCAUCUUCUAAAUGAUAGUCGAGGGCCAGUGCUUGAAAGUAUUGUUGCUAGGACUCUUAGGCAGAUCGAAACCACGAAGGAGCAUAUUCGUAUGGUGGGUUUAUCGGCCACACUGCCAAAUUAUGAAGAUGUGGCCUUAUUUUUGCGGGUGAAUCUCAAGGAUGGGUUGUUUACAUUUGACCGCAGCUACAGACCUGUGCCUCUCAGUCAGCAGUAUAUUGGAAUUAAUGUGAAGAAACCAUUACGGAGGUUCCAGUUGAUGAAUGAUAUAUGUUAUCAGAAAGUAUUGGCUAGUGCUGGAGAGCAUCAGGUCCUAAUCUUUGUCCAUUCGAGGAAGGAUGCAGCAAAAACUGCAAGAGCAAUAGUUGACACCGCAAUGGCAAACAAUACUCUCAGUAAAUUCUUGAAGGAAGAUAGUGAAAGUCGUGAAAUUCUUGAAUGUCAGUUAGGACUUGUCAAGUGUCAUGACCUUAAACUUCUUCUGCCUUAUGGUUUUGCAAUUCAUCAUGCUGGGCUGACAAGGAGUGAUCGCCAGAUAGUUGAGGAUCAGUUUCGUCUUGGGCAUGUUCAGGUCUUGAUUUCCACUGCAACUCUUGCAUGGGGUGUGAAUUUGCCUGCACAUACUGUCAUUAUCAAAGGAACCCAAGUCUAUAAUCCUGAGAGAGGGUUGUGGAUGGAGCUUAGUCCUCUAGAUGUCAUGCAGAUGAUUGGUCGCGCCGGAAGACCUCAAUAUGACCAACAUGGGGAGGGAAUAAUAAUCACUGGCUACAGCGAGCUGCAGUACUAUCUUCGUUUGAUGAAUGAGCAACUACCAAUUGAAAGCCAGUUUAUUUCCAAACUUGCUGAUCAGCUUAAUGCUGAAAUUGUGCUUGGAACCGUUCAGAAUGCAAGAGAAGCUUGUCACUGGCUUGGCUAUACAUAUUUAUAUAUCCGCAUGGCUCGUAAUCCGACAUUGUAUGGCUUACCACCUGAUGCGAUUGCAAAAGACAUAGUAUUGGCGGAGAGAAGAGCUGACCUGAUACAUUCUGCUGCUACUAUCUUGAACAAAAACAACCUCAUAAAGUACGACAGGAAAAGUGGAAACUUCCAUGUUACUGAUUUGGGACGCAUUGCUAGCUAUUACUACAUAACACAUGGGACAAUAGCUACAUACAACGAGAAUUUGAAGCCAACGAUGACUGAUAUAGAGCUUUGUCGUCUGUUCUCACUGAGUGAGGAGUUCAAGUAUGUCACUGUUCGACAAGAUGAGAAGAUGGAAGUAGCACAACUUUUGGAUCGUGUCCCGAUUCCGGUCAAGGAAACAGUGGAAGAUCCUAGUGCAAAGAUUAACGUUUUGCUGCAAGCAUAUAUCUCAAAGCUAAAGCUUGAGGGUCUUUCUUUGACAUCUGACAUGAUUUAUAUUACCCAGAGUGCUGGACGUCUUUUUAGAGCUCUUUUUGAGAUUAUAUUAAAGAGAGGAUGGGCUCAACUGGCUGAAAAAGCUUUGAAUAUGUCUAAAAUGGUAGGCAAGAGAAUGUGGAGUGUUCAUACACCUCUUCGGCAGUUUCAUGAUAUUCCAAAUGAGGUUCUGAUGAGGUUGGAGAAAAAGGAUUUGGUUUGGGAGAGGUACUAUGAUCUAUCCUCGCAGGAGCUAGGACAGCUUAUUCGAAGUCCUAAGAUGGGCAUACCACUUCACAAACUUAUCUACCAGAUCCCAAAACUAUAUCUUUCAGCAUAUGUUCAGCCGAUUUUCCGUUCUGUGCUGCGACUGGAACUCACUGUUACAGCUGAUUUCCAAUGGGAUGACAGAGUGCAUAAAUACGUUGAACCAUUUUGGAUAAUCGUGGAAGACAAUGAUGGUGAAAGAAUCCUCUAUCAUGAGUACUUUCUUUUGAAAAAGCAGUAUCUUGAUGAAGAUCACACAUUGAACUUCACUGUGCCUAUAUCUGAGCCGCUGCCACCACAGUAUUUCAUCCGAGUUGUUUCAGAAAAAUGGCUUGGCUCGCUAACUGUGUUGCCUAUAUCUUUCAGGCAUCUUAUGCUUCCAGAAAAGUAUCCACCACCUACAGAGCUACUGGACUUGCAGCCCCUCCCGGUGACGGCCUUGAGGAAUCCAUCUUAUGAAGCUCUAUAUCAGGAUAUAAAGCAUUUCAAUCCUGUGCAGACUCAGGUCUUUCCUGUUUUGUAUGGCACAAGUGACAAUAUAUUGGUUGCCGCUGCCACAGGAAGUGGGAAAACUAUAUGUGCGGAGUUUGCGAUAUUGAGAAAUCAUCAGGAACAACCUGAUUGUACAAUGCGUGUUGUCUAUGUCGCACCUCUUGAGGGUAUUGCCAAGAAGCAGUUUCGUUAUUGGGAGAAAAGGUUCGGGAAGGGGCUUGGCUUACGGGUUGUUGAGUUAACUGGGGAGACAGCAUUGGAUCUUAAGCUGAUUGAGGAAGGUCAGAUAAUCAUAACUACUCCUGAGAAAUGGGACGCUCUGUCUCGUAAAUGGAAACAGAGAAAAUAUAUUCAGCAUGUUAGUUUGUUUAUCAUCGAUGAGCUUCACUUAAUUGGAGGUCAAUGUGGUCCAGUAAUGGAGGUAAUUGUGUCUAGAAUGAGAUAUAUUUCAAGUCAGGUCGGAAAUACGAUGAGGAUUGUUGCAUUAUCGACUUCACUUGCAAAUGCCAAAGAUCUUGGAGAGUGGAUUGGGGCCAGUUCCCGUGGCAUUUUCAACUUUCCGCCUAAUGUUCGUUCUGUCCAACUGGAGAUCCACAUUCAAGGGGUGGACAUAGUGAGUUUUGAAGCCAGGAUGCAAGCGAUGACUAAGCCAACAUACACUGCCAUAGUCCAGCAUGCCAAAAAGAAACCAGUUAUCGUUUUUGUCCCGUCCCGUAAACAUGUCCGCCUUACAGCUGUGGAUCUGUUGGCAUGUUUAAACAUGGACAACACGGACAGCCCUGAUUUUAUGUUUGGGAAUCUGGAAGAAUUUGAGCCUUUUGUUAGCCAAAUUUGCGAGGAAACUCUGAAGGAAACUUUGCGCCAUGGCAUUGGCUACUUGCAUGAGGGUUUAAGCGGUCUGGAUCAGGAGAUUGUGACUCAGCUUUUCGAGGCUGGACGGAUUCAGGUAUGUGUAAUGACUAGUGCAAUGUGUUGGGGAACUCCAUUGAAGGCGCAUUUGGUUGUUGUUAUGGGGACACAGCUCUAUGACGCACGUGAAAAAACUCUUUCGGAUUACCCUGUCUCUGAUCUGCUCCAGAUGAUGGGGCAUAGUAGCCGACCUCUGCUUGACGACGCAGGGAAGUGUGUGAUCUUCUGUCAUGCACCACGUAAAGAGCAUUACAAGAAAUUUAUACAUGAAGCCUUUCCUGUGGAGAGUCAUCUUCAACUUGCCUUGCAUGAUAAUUUCAAUGCGGAAGUGGUUGCGGGGGUUUUAAGGAACAAGCAAGAUGCUGUGGAUUAUCUUACCUGGAGCUUCAUGUACAGGAGGCUUCUUCAGAACCCUAACUACUACGAUCUCCAGGGAGUUAGCCACAAGCAUUUAUCUGACCACCUCUCGGAGCUCGUCGAAAGCACUCUAUCUGAUCUUGAAGUGAGCAAAUGCAUUGAGAUGGAGAAUGAGUUGAAUAUCUCUCCUUCCAAUCUUGGUAGGAUUGCUUCAUAUUAUUACGUAAGUUACACAACCGUUAAGCGCUUCAGUUCUCUAUUGACUUCCGAAACCAAGAUGAAGAGUCUUCUUGAGAUCCUUACUUCAGCUUCGGAGUACGACUUGAUUCAUGUACGUCCUGGUGAAGAGGACAGAGUUCAGAGACUCAUCAAUCACCAGAGGUUCUCUUUUGAAAAUCCAAAAUGCACAGACCCCCAUGUGAAGGCAAACGCUCUUCUUCAGGCCUAUUUUUCAAGGCAAAAAAUCAUCAGCGAGAACCUGGCAAUGGAUCAGCGUGAGGUCGUUUUCUCUGCAACAAGACUUCUUCAGGCAAUGGUCGAUGUGAUAUCAAGCAACGGCUGUCUGAAUCUUGCUUUAUUAGCUAUGGAAGUAAGCCAGAUGGUGACUCAAGGCACGUGGGAACGAGACUCCAUGCUUCUGCAGCUUCCUCACUUCACAAAUGACUUGGCCAAAAGGUGCCAAGAGAAUAACAUCGAAACAGUAUUCGAUCUUGUGGAAAUGGAAGAUGGCAGGCGCCAAGAACUUCUCCAAAUGUCAAACACUCAGCUUCUUGACAUUGCCAGAUUCUGCAACCGGUACCCUAACAUCGAUCUUGCAUACGAGGUCGUAGACAGCAAGGAGGUAACCCCUGGAAAAGAAAUAACAUUACAGGUAAUGCUAGAGAGAGACAUGGAGAUGGAGGGGAGGACACAUGUGGGAUCUGUGGACGCACCAAGAUAUCCCAAGACCAAAGAAGAAGGGUGGUGGGUAGUCGUUGGAGAUACGAAGACGAACCAGUUGCUUGCCAUCAAGCGAAUCUAUUUGCAAGAGAAGGCGAAGGUAAGGCUAGCUUUUGCAGUACCGACUGAGCCAGGAGAGAAGUCGUAUACACUCUACUUGAUGUGCGAUUCGUAUUUGGGUUGUGACCAGGAGUGUUCAUUCUUUGUUGAUAUCAAAGAUUCUGGCGUUGCAGAUCACAUGGAAGAAUAAUGACCAGGAGUUUUCGAUUGUUUUAUAGAGAGAUGAUUACAUUUGUUUAUUGCUUAACAAUUUGGUCUCAGCCAUGAGAUUUUAUGAGAAUUAAGAAAGAAAAGAUAAAUUAAAUGAAGAACAUGAAGAUUAAUGAGAGACUUUCUUGAAAGAUAAUGAGAAAGAAGGAAUUGAAUUG